AUGUCGCUCAAUUCGUCGGAACUCAACCCUAGCCAGGGCGUCGACAUUCCAAAGGGUCUCAUGAACCCGACUGACAGCAGCGUGUAUGGCGACAAGGUCAAAGACAAUGACACUACGCAAAGUGCAGUUGACUACCAAGCCAUGGCCGAGCGUGCCAAUGACGAGUCUGCCAAUAACAUUGGCGCAGCAAAGAUUGCGCCCCUCAAUGCCAAUGACGAAGCCGAAGAGGCGAGCACGACGGGUGUGAUGGGCGAUAGCGUCAGCUCGACGAUCGACAGCGUCAUUGACUCGGUCAAGAAGACCAUCAGCUAA